AUGUAAACUUCAGUGACUUACUUUGAACUUUAGACUCUCAUAUUCUUGAUCAUUAUUGGAAUGAUCUUGAUUUCAUUGAAAUACUUUACAGAUCCAAAUCAAAAGGAAUCAAAAUUAAAGCUUUGGAAUCGAAUGAUUGUUAAUUAUGAAGGUAUAUAACUAAGCAUUGAUGAAGAAUAACUUUUAAAAUAAACUUUUAAGAACACUUUGAAAAAUCGCAGAGUUGUAAUCAAUCCAUCCAUUCCAAGAUAGAUAAAAACUACAAAAAGGGUUAGCUUUUCUAAUUUAGAUGACUAACUUUGA